GUACAAUCAUACGUCAUCAUUGGAAGACUCAUGGUGGCGUUCAACAAUGGUGACGCCCUGAGAUUCGUAUAUUUCGAGUACUUUAGUCUGUUUUUACUCUAUAAGAUAUCGACUGUAGCCCUAUAAGGAAUUUAAACCGUGUAUCUGAACGCACAUAACCGCUGUACACCAAAGUCAUUUUGUGGAGUGAUGCGUAACUAGAUCCACGAGCGUAAGUUGCUGGAUGUUGUGAAUAAAUAAACCACCAUGUUCCACAACAGCUCACAGAAGAAAUUCUGGACUUUUAAAAACGAGGAUGAACUGGAGCAGAUGCGGUACAUGGCCAAUGAGAAAUUCCGUAGGAAAGCACUGGAAAGUGGAAAGCCCGGUAUCGGUGACUUCAAGUUCUUGGAUCGCCACGAGGAGGACGCGUUGUUUCGACACUACGAGAGGAGACUGCUGGACUUCUGCAAUGCUUUUAAACCCGCGAUGCCCAAAUCUGUGGUGGGCACAGCCAUCAUGUACUUCAGGAGAUUCUACCUGAACAACUCGAUCAUGGAGUAUCACCCCAGGAUCAUCAUGCUGACGUGUGCAUACCUGUCCUGUAAGGUGGAUGAGUUCAACGUGUCCAGCACCCAGUUCGUGGGAAACCUUCUGCAGGAGAGCCCGGCGGGACAGGAAAGGGUCGCGGAGCAAAUCCUAGAGUAUGAGCUGCUUCUUAUCCAGCAGCUCAAUUUUCACCUGGUGGUCCACAACCCCUACAGACCCAUGGAGGGUCUGCUGAUUGACCUCAAGACUCGAUACCCGAUGCUGGAGAACCCGGAGUCGCUGAGGAAGAGCGCCGACGAUUUCCUUACCCAAGCAGCCAUGACGGACGCAGGACUUCUGUUUUCUCCGUCUCAGAUUGCUCUGACAGCUAUUCUGAACAGUGCUUCCAGAGCUGGCCUCAAGAUGGAAAGCUACCUGACUGAAUGCUUGGGCCUUAAAGAGGACAAAGAGACUCUUUCGAAGAUGUAUGACUCCAUGAAACGGAUGAAAACCCUCCUGAAGAAGUAUGACCUUCCCAAGCAGGAGGAGGUGAAUGCUUACAAACACAAGCUGGAGAGGAUUCACGCUGAAUUUGCUACUUCAAGCAACAAACGAAAAAGAGGAUAUGAAGAAGACGGCCAUGUUGCCAAAGAACCUCGUUUGACCGAAGAGGCUAGACAGUUUUCUUCAUUUGAGUAAAAUGUUUUCUAAAAUGUUUUCCCCAGAAAUCUUAAUCAGUCGCAUUUUGUUUAAUUGCAGGACUGGACUGAUGAAGACCUCCUGUGAGAUUAUUGAGUUGUGUUGAAAGUUCCUGCUUUACUCCAGUAUUUUAUAUGGAAAAAAAUCUAAAUGUGGCAAAAUUAAGUGCACAUUUCAGUUGUGUUUUUUGAG